CGUGCUUGAUUUGCCAAAAAAUAUUUUACAUGAAGAACAUUGCUGCAACGCACACUUGCGCUAUAUGCCUUUCGACCUAUGACUCCAUUUUAUCACGAUCCAGUUGACAUGCAGGAACUUUAGACCUUUGAAAUCGUUUCUACGGAGCAUAUCGCCCCAAGUUAACCACAGUCACUGAUCAACACUUCAGUCAUGAGUGGUCAGGAUGGAAAAGCAUUGAAAACGGAGGAUAAACCACAUAUUUCAACUCAUGUCUUGGAUACCAGUCGAGGACAUCCAGUCGAUGGACUCUCAGUCAGUCUGUAUAAACUCGUCGAUGGAAGAUGGAUUUUUUAUAAAGAGAGCAAUACCAAUGCGAACGGAAGAUGUGCCGACCUUCUGAACUCUGAGGAGCUCAAUUUCACGGUUGGUCGCUACAAGAUCCACUUCGAUGUGGAAAAGUACUUCAGUUCUACCAACACCAACACAAUGUACCCAUUCAUCGAGAUUGUGUUUGACGUUAAGAACUCUACAGAACAUUACCACAUACCGGUUCUCCUGAAUCCCUUUGGCUACACGACAUACAGAGGAUCCUAAAGCGUCAACUGAAAAACGACAGUGUUAAUGUAGAAAAAUAUCAUUUAUUUCAUUGAAAAAAAAAGUUACAAAUCUGCAGACUUCAAAUCGUUCAAGAGAGUAUGUUUCUGUUUAUUAUGAAAUAUAGUUUUGUACUUGCAGCAGGUACGCCUGUGAACUGUUCCGAAUGAAUAAUAACGAUAGAAUUGAA